AUGGGGCCGAGCGCCGCCCUGCUGCUGGCGGGGUCGCUGGGGCUGCUGCGCGCGGGGGUCGGCCAGCCCCUGCGGGUGGAGCCCCCGGAUCCCGUGGUGACGGUGGCUGUGGGCACGUCGCGGCGGUUCACCUGCAGCCUAGCGUGUGCCGGUGGCGCGGCGGCCGACGUGCGUUGGCGGGGUCUGGACACCAGCCUGGGCGCGGUGCAGUCGGUCGUGGGCAGGAGCACGCUCACCGUGCACCACGCCUCGCCCGCGGCGACCGGCACGCACGUGUGCGUGGGCUCCUGCGGGGACCUCACCUUCCAGCGGACCGUGCGGCUCGUGGUUUACGCCUUUCCCGACGAGCUGACGGUGUCCCCGCCGGCGCUGGUGCCGGGGCGGGACCUGCAGGUGGCCUGCACGGCCCACAAUGUCACCCCCUGGCACCCCGACGCCCUCUCCUUCUCCCUGCUCGCUGAGGGCCAGGAGCUGGAGGGGGCCGAGACCCUGGGCUGGGAGGAAGAGGAGGAGGAAUUGCUGUUCCACGUGACGGAGCGCUGGCUGCUGCCGGCCCUGGGGACCCCCGCCCCGCGGGCCCUGCGCUGCCAGGCCACCAUGAGGCUGCCGGGCCUGGAGCUGAGCCGGGCCCGGGACAUCCCAGUCCUGCACGGCCAGACCACCUUGAAGACCCCGGGGCCGACCUCGCCCGAGCCUCGGGAUCCAGGACCCCAGGAGCCCCCCAACCAGACGUCCCGGGAGCCCCCCCACCCAAUCUCCUCAAAGCCUCUAGACCCAUACUCCCCCAACCCAACCCCUCAGAAGCCCCCCAACCAGACGACAUCCCAGGAGCCCCCCGACCCAAUUUCCCCAAAGCCUCCAGGCCCCUACUCCCCCAACCCGACCCCUCAGAAGCCCCCCGACCUGACUACCUGGGAGCCCCCCGACACGGCCUCCCCCGCGGGGACCUGCCACCCCAAGAUCCUCCAGGCGCCCCGGCCCUCGGCGGCGAAGGGGGCACGCCUGGAGCUGCUGUGCGAGGUGGCCUGCGGCCCUGGUGUGGCAGUGCGCUGGACCCUGGCCCCGGGGGGCCUGGCAGCCUACGAGAGGACCGAGGCUGGGGCCCGGGCCUGGCUGAGGGUGCCCCUGACCAGGGACAGCCCCGAGGGUUGGUUCCAGUGUCGCGUGGAGCCGGGGGGCCAGGUGGCCAGCCUGUAUGUCCGCGGCCGGCAGGAAGGUGAGUGCCCACCCAGUGGUGUGGAGAGGGCGGCCAGGGAAGUGGCAGCCGGGGCGCUGCCGCUGACCAGGGCCACCCUGAGAGCCGGGGAGCUGCGGGCUCUGAGCUUCGUGGCCGCGGAGCCCGCGAGGCCGCCCCUGGCCCUGUGGACCGGCGGCCUGGCGCUGGCGCUGCUGCUGCUGCUGGCCGCCCUCGCCGGCCACCUGCGGAGACGCUGCCACCGCCCCGCCCCGCGGUGA